UCAACGCACGCUUGUGUUCCUAACGCUGCUCUGGCCUUAUUUCUGCUCGCCGCGAGAACAUCAUCUUAGAAUCCUCUGCUUUUUCUCCUAAGCUAAGAGGCGAAACGUCUGGUCGGUCAACUGGUGAAUUCCUAACCAUGAGUUCCAGAAAGAGCAAGCUCGACCUAAUCAUUCGAGUCCGCUACUCGAAUCCGCUGCCUGCACCACCAUGUCCUCCAAAAAUCUUGGACAUGCCUACCGACCCUAUGCGAUAUGCGCGUCCCGAAUUCUUGGACGACAUAGCAGCCGACACGCCUCUUCCCAUGAUUGUUGAUGGCGACCUCGGAAUGCCUCUUGAUCUGUCGCGGUGGGAGUGCUUGUGGGAGGAGAAUGGUGACGACUCCGGACUGAAUCCUGAUCCCAAUAACACACCGCCGCUCGACCCAAAGGACCAGCUCCUGCUCGGCGACCCAUCCACGUCCGGGCCAUAUAUGAGCACUCUCUUCGGAGCGCAAGGGAUCAGUGCCUCUGCAACAUUAUCAUCGAUGCCUCAUGUCCCAUGGCUGCGGAAAACGGAGUAUCUCAGUCGGGAGGGCGUUACGCGUUCCAUGCUUUCGCAAGAGCCGAAACGCAACAUGGACGUUCCAGUUGACAUCUCGCGGUCUGCACAGAUUCGCGAUAUUGAGUCCUCAUUCACGGCGACGGAGGACUUUGACCUUACCACGCUCAAGCAUCCAAACAAGCCCGAUGUUACUGCAGUCGAAUCAUACGAGAUCUUCCCUGAUGCAGAUAUCUGGGCAAAUGCGUACGAUCUCUUCAGGUUCUCAGAGCGGCCUGGGGAGCGGCCACCUGACGUCGAUGACCCACGCUUAAACUGUGCGAUCUUGCGUCCUAUGGAAUCAGACGGUGAUCACUUCCUAGCAUAUUAUUUGACAAAGGAAGAUGAAGCUGCCAUCGAGUUCAAGGAGAAGCGGUUGACACAGACACCAGAUGAUAUAGAAGAAGAGGAGCCGACGCCAUUCCACUUCGUGCGUGACUACGAGACCGUCAAAGUCGAGCAGGAAGUGCCGAACGAGUUCCUGCUCGUUGUGGAUGAUGGGGCAGGAGCUUUGGGCGAAGCUGGUGCGGAUGACACGAAGCCCAAGAAGCAUCGGCCGAAAGGCGCGUACUAUAAGAACAUUGAGCGCAAGAUGCUACUCAAGAAGAAACGUGUCAACGCGUAUGAGGCAUAUCUCGACAAAUGGGAUGUCAUCAAGGUCACGCACAUUCCAAUGAGUGCCGAGGAAGAGGCAGAACGGGAGGAGGCUCUGGCAGAGGUUAUGGAUCCUAUGUAUCUGCUAUCACGCGUUGAUGCAGAUGCAGAAGGAGAGGUGGACGACUCGUUGCAGCCACCUGCUUCGAUAAAUGGACAUGCUAACGGCGAUGAAGGAGGGAUCCUCGAGGAUGCACUUGAAGUGUUUGGCGAGGCCUGAACGGCCUCCUCAACUAGCUCUGAGAUUGCAUGACUUGUAUAUUGGGCGCAUCUUGCUACGAUGACUUAAUCAAGAAGAUCGGCUUUAUCUCGAAAUCAGUACCUCUACAUGCACCUUCGUCGACUCUGCAGUCCUGCAUUGAAAUUGAAGAAAACUAUCCAAUUGCUAACACGCAGUGUAUCAUAUAUACAUGUUGAAUUUCGCCG